CUGAAUAUUACACAACACCGGAUCAGCCACAAAUUAACAUCAGACAGCAGGUGAAAGACAAGGAAGCGUCUUAUACUAGAGGCUUUUCGCGGACAUGGUACACUAGGAAGCCGUGGCUAACCGGCUGCGGAGUAACUAACUCGCUGUUUUGCUUCCCUUGUUUGCUUUUUAAAACUGCUGCGACCGAUCGAGCCUGGUGUGAAAACGGUGUUCAGGACAUGAAACAUUUUUCGGAAAAAAUAAAAAAACACGAACACACAAAGAUGCAUAUGGACAACUGCCUGAAAUUUGCGUUGCUGGGGAAGGCUAACAUUGCUACUCAGUUGGAUGAUGGCCAUCGACUUUGUAUAAGAAGGCACAAUGAGGAAGUGGACAAGAAUCGAUAUAUUCUUUCUAAACUGAUGAAUCUCAAAUUGGCACAUCUUUCUGUCUUUGAAAGAACAAUAUUUGAAAUCUACAAGGACAUUCUAAAUUCAUACUUUAAUAAUUAAAUUAGAUGCUAUUUGUUUUUAAAUCGUUACUUUGGUGUUAAUGUAAUAAAUAAACAGCAGAAAUUGUUCAAUUGUUAAAAUAAAAAUUUUAAAACCACAUUGUCCUUCAGCCCCCCCUACUUUUUCCAUCACCAGCCGCCACUGUUAUAUAGAGCGAAAAUACUGAAAAAGAAGGCUGUGAAACAUGAUCAGCUUUGCCUUUUGUCGGUCACGCCAUUUAGACUUUUUUAGGGCAAGUCGUUUUGAAGUUAUUGGCGUUUAUCGCUGAAUGUGUCACGAAUAUUGAAAACAAAACAAACUUAACCCCGCUAAAACAUUAUUGUGAUCUGGCAGUAAACACUGGGCUUGGUCUAUCUGACGCCAUAUCAGGAAUACAAACUGAAACAACGCCGCUAUAUUUUGAGGCAACCAACUUCUGUGACUAAUGUUUUCUGAAAGUAGAAGAAGUGGUAUUAGCCCUUUCUGCUGGUAAGUGGUUUUAAAGUUUUAUUAUUGAGGAAAACGCGUGACCUGCAGGCUUAAACUCCAAAUUAGCACAUCACGACGAAAAAAAAAAGUCCGGAUUUUGAAGGCAGCUGAAAAAUAUCGACCAAUAGGCUAUAGCCUAACUGUGUUUUGUCUUUGAAUCACUAUGAUACUAUUAUAGCCUAUGAUCGUACUAUUUCUUGAAAUCCUUCAUUUUGAUUUAACUAAAGUGAAAGUGAUUUUACCCAUCUCCUCCACCCACGUAGAUUUCAGUUAGGCUGAUCCAGUUUAGCUGUUUUCAUAAAGUAUGAUUAUUAUUUUACCGACUGUUGCAUAGCUACUUAAUAAACUGGUGUUUCUUCAACUCUGAGCACUUUGUAUCUAAACGAACAGUAUUUAUGUUUUUUUCAUAUAGGCCUACAGUCAAACCAAAAAUGAUUAAGGCACCAGAUAUAAUUUUUGAUAUUUUUUACUAGUGGAUGCAUUAUGUAAGGAUAGCAAAAUAAAGUGAACUGUGACAUAUUAUACCAAAAAAUUCGUCAUACAGUGGAGUACCAGUAAAAUUGAUAAAAAUUUGGGAUCAAAAAUUAUUCAGAAACUCUGACCUGACCAUGUUUUACUUAAGUGUUUUUUUUCUUUAAUUGCUAAUGCGAUCUUUUUGCACCACAGACUGAACAAAAUUAAGCAUUGCUUGGUAAUUGGUUGACCUAAAUUGGUAUUAUUUAAUUGUGUACUUAAAUUUAAAAGCUGAAUAAUUUUUGGUUGAUUGUAAUCCAUUACACACAUUUCUAUCAAAGUUAUCUGAUAUUAUCAAGAUGAAUUUGUUCUGACACCGUUUAACUCUGAGUUCUUGUCAUAUUUUAUUACCAUUUUCUAAACUAUAGUGAAUAAACUGAUAAUGUGAGAAAUGUUGAAGGUGUCUGAAUAAAUUUUGGUUUGACUGUAUUUUAUUAUUAUUAUUAUUUAUUAUUAUUAUUUUACCUUUUGAAAAAGAUGAUUAGUCCAAAAAAUACUUUGCUUUUCUGGAGCUCAACCAUCCAACUACACUAUCAACAGGUACUUGAUAUCCUCCUUAAAAUGUUUAUAAAUUUUAACCAUAAAAAUGUAACUGGUUUCCUACCAAUUAUGCACUUUUUAUUUUUCAGUUUAACAAAACAUGUGUGAACAUCUCUGCCCAGCUUAGUUGAGGAUGACCUACUUCUCUCCUGUUCUGAGAAGAGCAGACAGAUGCUGUCAAAUCCCACAACCUCAUCAUCUGCAGAGAGAAACUGCCAUUCAGUUACACCAAAACACAUAAUGAUGGAUGUAAAAACAUUGUCAGGACAUUACACUGGAACUUGGCCUUCAUUACAUUUAUUUUGUGUGUUAUUUUUUGUUUAUUCAUGUUCAGUGUCAAUUAUCAUGUAUUAAUGUAUUCACAUUCAGCUAAUAACUGUUUUAGAGCAAUGUCAUUUUAAGUACAAUUUCCCAUGUCAAUUAAAAAAUUAAAGUACACAAAUUCUUGUCCAGUUUGCUUUAUAUAAACCCUAAUAGAUGCUACAAAGUAUUAUAGAGCAAUGUAAUAUAUUAAUGACUAUAAAGUAUUAAUAAAAAGGUUCUUUAUAACACUUUUAAGCUUCUACAUAGCACUUUCAUUGCACAUAUGCAUGAUUCAUUAUGGAAGCUUUUGAAAUUAGCAUGAAACAGUCAUCCAUUUUAUUCUCCAAAAUAAUGUCAUUUUCGCAACCAUCAUUUCUGUUGUAGAAUGCAAUAUGCUUUUGAUAUAUUUAGUCAAAAUGACAGUGUGUUUGAAAUGUUUGGAAUAUUUUAGAGAAAAUUAUUAAAAUUACAGAAUUACCUUGUGAUAUAUGACUGUUUAUUGUUGGACAUUGCUAGUAGACAAAUAAGUAAAUCUGUGAGAGGGUGAAACUAGUAUAUUUUUCCUGAAUAUCCACAAGCAUAAAAAUUUCAGAAAAAUGGUCAAUUGGAAGAACUCUACCGUAAAUUAUUGUAGCAACAUUUUAGGAUUUAUAACCUUUACAGUUUCAUAAAAUUUACAGUAAACAUAUUUUUUCAUUAAACAAUUAACAGGUGUUUAUAGUAUAAUUUAUAGUCUUUUGCUGCUGAAAUUGUGAAUAAUUUUCUACAGUGUAGAAAGGAGGUUUACAAUGAGCUUAUCCUUUUUCUGCUUUUUCUGUUUCAGUUUGUUUUCCAAAGAAUGCAUAUGUCUGCAAGAAGCUUGUGGAAACACGACCUGUACAAGAACUGAGUCUUGAAGAAUCUUGAACUACUCUCGCCUUGUUUUACGACAUCCCUCCAUACUGUUUACUGUUAAGGCACACAUCACCCAACAUCACAGCAUGUGAAGCUUCUGAAAGUUGUGCUUCAGCAUAGUACUAAUGACAUCCAAGAAAUGUUAUAUUAACUGAAUAGAUCUAGACUGUGACUAUGUUCGCUUUAAGAAUCAUUAUUCUUAUUACACUUAUUGUUCCUCUUAAUUAUGACCUUUGUUCUUGUCAAUGUGCUCAUGCUGAAUAUGAGAUACACAAGCAAUGCUGCCCAAUGUGUGCCCCUGGAAACCGUGUUCAUUGGCACUGCACAGAUGACACCAGCACAACUUGUGUUCCAUGCCCUUCAUUAACUUUCAUUGAUGAACCAAAUGGCCUCAUGGAAUGCUUUCCCUGUACUGUAUGUGAUGCAAGCCGUGGUUUAAGAGUGAAUAAAGUAUGCACUCAGUCAUCAGAUACUGUUUGUGGGCCACUAGAGAGAUUCUACUGCAUCGAAAAAAAGAAAGGCAGCUGUACUUUAGCUGUGCAACAUUCGGAAUGUAGCCCUGGACAAUAUAUCAAACAAGCAGGUACUGGCUCCACAGAUACUGUAUGUGCUGACUGUACAGGUGACACAUAUUCAAACGGAUCUUUCUCCUCCUGUUUACUACACACAAAAUGUGAGGCCCUGGGACUUACUGAAACAAAUCCAGGAACACAUUCAUCUGACACCAAAUGUGGAAAUCCCUCUACAGCUGUAGCAAUAAUUGCCCCUAGUGUUAUAGUUACUUUAAUAUUAAUUCUAGUAAUAAUUGUUUUCAUAAUUAAACAUAUUCGGAAGAAGAAGCAAUCAAAAAGUUCAGGGAUACAGGUAUGUUCAACUUUUUACAUGAAAGAGAAGGUAAAACAAAGUUUGUUUACUAUGUUUUAAAAAUGUCUGUUUUUGUUCAAAAGGAAACAGGAAAUGGUUUACAUGAAAACAACAGUUCAGAAGGUAAGUAUAUCAUAUAGACAAAGGCAUGCAAGACGCAUUGAUUAUCAAUUCAGCUUAUAUACAUGAUGAGAAACUUCAAAAACACAAUAUUAGAUUUUAAUUAUGUGAAUUAUAUAAUAUUUUGCUCUUCUAUGGUUUGACUGUGACAAAUUAAUGCAAAACAUUAUUUGUGCUUCUGCAAGCUGAAAAGUAAUGCUUCACUGUUUUUUCAGUUGUUG